AUGGAUGUUGUACUAGUAAAAGUUUUGAUUCUUUUUGGACUCUUUGUGGCUACGUUUCUUUUUGGAUUUAUUCCUGUGAAAUGUAUCUAUCAUUAUAGGAAAAACUUAGAAACAUCAAGAGUGUAUCGGCGUGUAUUAAGUACUCUCAACUGUUUUGCUGCAGGUGUAUUCAUGGCUACAUGUCUGUUGGAUCUACUUCCUGAAACAAUAGAGGCUUUAGAACCACAUAUCAAGGAAUCUGCGAAAUUCGAGCAUUACCCUGUGGCUCAGUUUAUAAUGGUUAUGGGGCUAAUGCUAAUGUUAGCCGUGGAACAAUGUGUAAUGAUUUACCAGGAAAAACGAGAAAUAAUUAGCCAUGACUCAAAUGAUACGAUGAGAAUGAAAGCAAUCAAAACCGAAAGAACCGUUUUAUCAAGCAAAGAUGAUUUUCGCAUAUCAUAUAUUUCUUCAUCGGGUGUUGAAAUAGACGACCAUGCAGUAGAGAAGAAAUCAAAAGACUUAGAGAGCUGUGUUACUCUGUCGGUGAAGAACUCUGAAACAAACAGUUCCACUUUGAGAUCUAUCUUGCUGUUGGUAGCUUUAUCUUUGCAUUCUAUUUUCGAAGGAAUAGCUGGCGGACUAGAGAAACAAACCACUGAUGUUGUUGAAAUUUUUAUUGGCAUCAGUAUUCACAAAGUGAUUGUUGCCUUCAGUUUAGGUAUGGCAUUAAGCCAAAGCGAACUUACGUUUUGGGCACAGAUACGAUCUAUUGUUACUUUUGCCUUAGCUACGCCGAUCGGGAUGGUUAUUGGUUUGUUAAUUAUUGAAUUUGGCCAAGGAACGACAUCUUCUUUAGCAGUGGGGAUCUUGCAAGGAAUAGCUUGUGGAACAUUCUUGUAUGUCACAUUCUUUGAAAUACUUCAACAUGAAUUAACCAAGCCAGACAUUCGGUUAAUUAAAACAUUAUUUUUAUUUCUUGGAUUUAUAUGUAUGUCAGGUUUAUUUUUGAUACAUGACCACGAUGAAAACUAA